GUGCUGAGUUAUUUGGUUGAGAUAUGUUGUUUUCGAGUUGAGGUCACAGAGGAAUGGACUUUUUCGAUGAAAUGGUUCGUAAUUCAUAGAAAAUUCGGAUUUUUCAGUUUCUCAACAUAUGAAUAAUGCCUGGAAAGAAAACAAUUACGUCAAAAGACUACACGACUCCACUUAGAAGACCUGGCGAGAAGCGGGAAGACUUGAACACUCAAGAGAACGAAAAGGAAACCCCUUCCCUUUCAACUGAAACUGAAAAAGGUGCUUCUCUUGCUGUUGCACAAGUGCUUAGUAAUGAAAAGGAUUCAGAGGAAAAUACUAAUCCUGUAACUGUAAGCCAAGAAACUAAUGAGAAACCUGUGGAAGAUGUUCCUCCUGAUCCUGUGUUAAUAGACACUGGAAAAGAUAAAGAAGAUACCACUACUAAGUUACUAAUUAGUCAGGAAUCUAAGGAGAUACCUGCAUGUAAAGCGGAAAAAGUGGAAAAACCACUGGACGAGAAAGAAGAAGAAACAAAAUUGCCACAAGAGAGUGAUGUUCAUUCUAAUGCAACUAAAGAAACUGCUGAAACCAAUGAACAUAACAAGGAGAGUGAUCAGAAAGAGCAAACUGUUACGAAUCAUGACAAAACAUCACUAACAGAAACCACAAGCAAAAUUACAAACCUAUCACCAUUUGCAAAAGAAUUUGUUCCUAAGGCUUCCCUUAAUCUGAUAUCUGUAGUCAAAGCCCCUGAAUUUGUGCCUGCGUCAGUUCGACCACAAUCUGACAGACCACCGCUAUUGCAAAGGAUAAAUGACACACCUGAAAAUGAACUGAUGAACUGUGUUAAAGAUGUCCUUUUUGGACUGACUCAGAGUCCUGGCGAGUUAAAUGAUUUUUUUAAGACUUUGGUUGAUCAGAUGAAGAAAUGUAUGGGAACUGUGAACUCUUUAAAAGAGGUGGUAGAGCUCAUCUUUGAAUAUUCAAUAACAGAGCCUAACUUCCAGUACAUUGCAGCAAAACUUUGUAACAUGUUGUCCAAGGAGGAUACCAUUAUCCUGGAAAGUGGUGAAAAGUUCAGGAGUGUUUUGAUGAAUAGAUGUAGGGAUGAACAUAAAAACAGAGAGGAUGCUCUGAAAAACCCACAAACUUUAACAAAAUUGCUUGGAUUUGCAAUGUUUGAGGCUGAACUCUUCUGCAACUACAGGCCCUUAGGUGAGAGUGAACCUUUGAAGGUAUUUCAUAGAGGAUUAUUAGAAAUGUUGUCCACCCUUUUACAAAACCACACAGAAGAAUGCCUCAAAUGCAUCGGCAAAAUAUUGAAGAUGACAGGAUAUCUUCUAGAUGAUCCCAGAUUUAUGGUAAAGGACAGUGAAAGAAAGCAGAAUGUUGAUAAAGUUUUCUCUGAUGUUGAACAGCUUCUGAAAGAAUCCACACUGUCAGAAAGUUCAAAGGUGUUACUUUCUCAAGUAAUAAAGCUACGAGCAUCCAGUUGGUCCUCUAGUCCAGCUGUAGGAGCCAGUGAAACAUCGUUUGACUUCCCUCCUGACAAUGGAUACUCUUUCCCUUAUUAUGGUCUUGGCCUGGAGGAAUUAUCAAUAGACGAUGAUUUAAUUCCAGUAAUAAAUCCAGAGCAGUGGAGUGAUUACUUUGAUGAUGGAGAGGAUGAUAAUGAGCUGCAAGAUGCUUACAAGUACUACUUUCCUGAACAGUUUGAGGGAGAUUUUGAUCCUGAAGAUGGUGGUUAUUACAUUGAAGAUGAUCCAGAGUUUGAUGACGAAAUUGACCAAGAAUAUGAAAAGUUCUUACAAGAGCAAGGAGGAUCUUAAUUAAAAAAAAAAAAUAAAAAAAAUAGAUAGCUGCCUUUAGUUAGCCUGAAGGUAAUUGUUCUGUACUGUAAGAUAAAUAAUUUUUAUCUCGUUAGGGAUAUUUGCACUAUGAUAUUAUAUUGAUUGAUAAGUUGCAUGUACUUGAUCAAUAACUUCAUCUGACAUCUGAAAGUGUAUUUUCAUUGCAUUCUAAGGAGCAACAGCACAUUGAUGUGCUGCUCAACCAUCACAUUUAAUCCUUUGACCCCUAAGAGUGACCAGUAUUUAAUUUCUCCUACCAGUAUCACCCCUGAAUCAAACAUUAAGGUAACGAGAAGAAAGGAAAUGAUCACAAACUCAAGAAGCUCUUGAUUGUUAAACAAAUUCUCCAUUCCAGCAUCUUAGGAAAUGUAUAUCGAACAGUAUGGAGAAUAUGCAUACUGGUGUUAGUGUGUAAAAGGUUUAAGGCCUGCAUAGAUGUGAUGUGUGUGGGUCACACACCAUAGUUUUAUGUAAAAAAUUCAUGGUCAUGAGUAGCCAAGAGUUAAUCACCUCAUAAGACAAAAUAUAAGUACCACAUGAAUACACUAGUCACUAUAUUUCAUUUGAUCACUACACGUCUUCAGGAAAAUAAUCAGGACAUCAUUGAAGUGUUGUUUGUUAGUUUAAGAAGCUUUUGUGUGAAUCAAUGCAUACAGAAGAUUUUUCCUAUCAGUGAGUGAAAGGUGGAACCACCUUGUACAGCUGAGCUUAAUAAAACCCAAGAGAGUGACGUUCUUGGAAAUGUCUCGAUCUAUAAUUGUAUCCAGUGAUGAAAGUACAGACUACUGUUUUUUGUCUUGUAUUUAGAGCUUAAUAGAGUUGUAGUUGUAGUUCUUUAGAUCUUUGUUAUUGAUAGAAAUACAGAAACUAAGGAAGGCAGCUAUUUGAAAUUUAAAACAUUUUUGACCAAUAGUAGCAAUUAAUAUACAGAUAACGUGUUGGGCUGGAAUAUCAAAUACAUGAUAAUAUUUGUCCGGAAGCUCGCGAUAGUCAAAAGAGCCUCUCCUCUAUGAUGUAAUUAUCCUCUAAUCAGGGUUUACCUGAAACGAUAAAGUAUUCCGCUUACUGUU